CAUGGGCUUGAAAUCUAGUGGGCUUAACCGAACAAAAAAAUUAGAAUCCGGAUUUUUCCUGGCUUGGAAUAUAACCUGGAUUGGGCUCCAAUACAACCUUAACCUGGCCUGAUUGGGUAGAAACGAACGAGGCCUUAAGUGUAAUCCUAUACAAGAUAGAAUGAUAUAUGGGACCACCAAAAUAAUAGAUAAUAUAUAUGAGGGAUCCCACAUCUAAAUUCCUAUAGACUAGUCUACAUCAUUAGCUUACUGGAUAAGUCUACACAAACGAGAAGCAUGGUGUUGCCAUAACUUAGGAAAUCGUUCACAGAUCAUUUUUAAGGCCAAACUAUCACGACGGCAAUCGAAACACACAGAUCUCAAAAAACGAAUAGAAAAGGCGUUGCACAAGUAGCUAUGGCGACCGACACAACUUCACUCCCCCCUUAGUUCGUUUAAUUUUUGUACAUCACUGCACCGGUUUGUUUAACAACUCACUCAUCGAGCUGUGCACUGUUCGAAUCUGAAAUCCCAAGGCCUCUGAUUUGUUUAACACCGGGUCAACAAGCGUUGCGCUGUUCAAGAUUGGCACGCAGAGCCGGGGCCUGUGAAGAAUCUGAACUGCGGUAGCUGCUCAUUUCUCGCUACCGUGAUCGAUCUCUCAACCAAGACUCCACAGCCAGGCAGCCCAUGAGGAGUUCCAUCGCCGCCGCCGUGCCCGCGCUGCUGCUGCUGCUCCUGCUCGUCCCGUGCCUGCUUCACGGCGCGGACGCCCGACCUUUCAGGAUCACAAGCCACUCGUCCACCUCCGUGUUCAGCUUCGGCGGCGACGACUUCGCCGACACUGGCAGCUCCCUGAGGCCGUCGUCCGCGUCGCUCAUCGAGAGCCGCCGCGACGGCGAGACCACCGUCUCCCGCCGGGCCAGCGGCGACGGCCGCGUCAUCCUCGACUUCGCCGCAAACGACGCCUACGAUCUCCCGUUCGUGCCGUCGUACCUGGAGGACACAUCGCACAACUUCAGCAAGGGCGCCAACUUCGCCGUCGCGGGGGCGACGGCUCUGGGGGGUCACGUGGGAAGCUCUGUGUCCAGCUUUCUACAGCACAGGCCGCCCACGCCGCUGAGCUCGUUCGGGACCCAGAUCGGGUGGUUCGAGCAGCUCAGGCCCUCGCUUUGCGCCACCCCGGAGCGGUGCGACGAGUGCCUGGGCAAGUCCCUCUUCGUCGCAGGGUUCGGAUGGAACGACUACCUUCUCCUCCUCGCCGCCAACAAGACCGUGGACGAGACGAGGAUGCACGCGCGCACGGUGGUCAAGGCCAUCGCCGACGGCGUGGAGAGGCUGGUCAAGCUCGGCGCCAAGCGCGUCGUUGUGCCGGGGAUCCUGCCGAUGGGCUGCGCUCCGGUGAUCCUGGGCAUGUACGCGAGCCCCGGCGAGUCUGGCCACGACAGGUACGGGUGCCUCGUCAGGUUCAACGACCUGGCGAGGUACCACAACGAGCUCCUCGCGGACGAGGUGGCAGGGCUGCAGGAGAAGCGGAAGGAGGACAACGUGAGCAUCAGCUUCGGUGGUGUUUGGAUCCCAGGUCUAAGAAUUAGUCCUAGAUUUUGGAUGUCACAGAGACGGGUUAAGCGUGAAUUAGUCAUGGCUAAUCAGAGUUGAUAGGGUCAGUUCAAUGGUACGAAGGACAGGUAAAAUCAAAGUCAAUUCAAUUAGACUAUAAAUAUAAUCAAUAGAAAUGCUGUGUAUCUAUCCGUCUUAACCAUCGUCAUAGCAAGAUUACCAAGAUCACAACAUAAUAGAAAACUUGAACCUUGUCUUUCUUUGGUAA